AUGGCGGUCAUUAGAAAGCUGCUGAGUAAUAAGAACAAACAGAAAAAAUAUGAUUGCGAAGAAGAUCGUGAUGAAGAGAUCAGAACAAGAAGUUGCUCCAAGGAAUUCCUAGAAGAUAUCAUGAGGCUAAUUCUACCACAGCUAUGCAAAUCAGAUUACCUUUCAUGCAGAGUAGUAUGUCAUUCUUGGCGAGCCGCUGUUGAUAAGGCUAUUGAGAGCAAGAACUGCCUUCCUGCUUCUCGACUUCCAUGGCUAAUUUGUCUUGAUUCUCGUCGGCGAUUUCGGGCCAAAGACCAUUGCUUUGUUAAUCAAAAACUUUACAAGUCAGUGGGGAAGUUAGACCGGCUGACUGCUUUUGUUUCUUUUUCUAGGCGCAAAUUAGUCGGGUCAAUUGAGGGGUGGUUGAUCAUGGUUGAACAUAAAACUGUCUACUUCUUGAAUCCAAUAUCGGGUGCCCGAGUGAUGCUCCCAUCGGGAUCCACCAUUCAUUCCUUCAAGAAAGCAGUAGCUUCUACUGUACCAACCAGGUUGCAGCAUUGUCUUGUUGCUAGCCUAAGUAGAAAACACCGUUUGGCCUUCUGUAAGCCAACGGAUAAAUCUUGGACCAUUAUUGAGGUUGAAGGUGAAGAGGAUGAACUCGAGUUUGAUGAUAUCGAAAUAAUCGAUGAGAAACUAUAUGCUGCUACUCACCUUGCAUCAGAAUCUUUAAUGGUGUUUCACAUUUCAUAUGCCGACGGCGGCGGCCCUCCUACCUGCACGGCUGAAUGGUUGGUUAUAAAUCACCCGAGGCUAGUUCGUGAUCAAAUUUUCGAAGAUAUCAUUCCUCCUCCGGGGGAUAAUGGAGUACCGGAGUUCACUUACACGGGGGCUACAAGCCCUUACCUAGCAAAAGAUUCUGCAUCAAAGGAGUUGUUUAUGAUUUUCCGAAACAUUAGGGUAUCUCUUAAGCCGGCUACUUGUUUCGACAUGACUGCUAAGUCAUGCGAGACUCAAGGAUUCCGAGUAUUCAAGUUGGAGGGUAACAUUGUUAAUGGUCGACCUCGGUGGGUAGAGAUUGUCGACCUUGGUGAUCGGAUAUUGUUUGUUAGUCGUCUCAGCAACAAGUUCGUCUCUUCCGGCAAUGGUCCUAGUUCCUGCAGUGACAAUAAGGAAUUCGAAAGGAACUGUAUCUAUUAUGCUUUCAGUUGGCCAUCAGUAUUUUUUCUGCAUGAGUAUGAGGUGCGUGCAUUGAAAAAAUUUCGUGACUUUGGGGUGUAUUCUUUGACAAAUAGGAGCAUCCAUGCUUUACCAAAGCAUCAUGCCAGAUCCUUGCACCGUCAAUUAGCUUGGUUUACACCAAAUCCAAAUCUGUGGUAG